AUGGCGGCUAAUUCGGCGACACGAUGGACAGAAGAAGAAACUACUGCGUUAAUGGAUGCCUAUGGUGAACAAAUAAUCCAAGAUUCUAUAAAUGGAAUGGCAAAUAAUAGAAAUGUUUACGAUAAAGUUAGAAAGAUGUUGAAAGAGUACUCAGAUAUCGACAGAACAACGUCCCAAAUUGAAACAAAAAUUAAGAAAUUAAGAAGUAGCUAUUGCAAGCUAAAGGAUCGUAUGAAACAGUCAGGAUCAGAGAGACCGUACUUUUUGAGUGCUUUAUCAAUUGUGGAAAAAAGGCCACGUCCAGAAAUUAAUCAAGUGAGAAAAGCUUCUCUUGAAUCAUUUAGAGUAAGUAAAGUAAGAAAAAGUGGAGAGCAAACUUGUAGUAAUAAACAAACAAGAACAAGUGGGGCAAGUGUAUUGGAUUUCAUUAGAGAAAAAGUGGCUUUUGAAGGAGAACAAAAAGACUCGGAAAUACCUUUAAAGGGAAAGGAAAUGGAGUUAAAAAGAGAAGAAAACAAGCUGAAAAUGAAUUUAACGUAA